GCACUUUACAGCAGGAGGAGGAGGGGCGCUAGGGCAGGAGGUGAGGCAUGACGGGAAUUGUAGUCUUGAUUCAAAUCUUCUGACUAUAGCGAAAGAUUGGGAAAAGACUACAUUUCCCAAGCGCACAGGGACCGUCGCGAACUCCGAAGUGUUGAGGAGGGGGAAGACGCGCCCGGGUGGAGAGUCAACUGUUGCCGUUUGGACAGGGAAGUGCAGGAAGAAGACAUGGCGGUGGAUAAGGAGCUGCUGGAGCUGGACCUGUACGCUCUGCUGGGCGUCGGGGAGAAGGCGGCAGAUAAAGAGAUUAAGAAAGCCUACAGACAAAAGGCCCUUACUUGCCAUCCAGAUAAACACCCUGACAAUCCCAAAGCAGCUGAGCUUUUCCAUCAGUUGUCCCAAGCAUUGGCACUUCUAACAGAUGCAGCAGCAAGGGCAGCAUAUGAUAAAGUAAGGAAAGCCAAAAAACAGGCAGCAGAAAGAACUCAGAAACUUGAUGACAGGAGGAAAAAAGUCAAGCUUGAUCUUGAAGCCCGGGAAAGAGAGGCCCAGUCUCAGGUCAACAAGGAGGAAGAAAUCCAUAUAACUAAGACAUUGGAACAAGAGAUUCGACGGUUACGUGAAGAAGGAUCCCGCCAAUUGGAAGAGCAACAGAGACUCAUCAAGGAGCAAAUCCGACUUGAGAAAGGACAGCAGGUGCAUGGCAAACAAGAUAGGUAUGGAGAGGAGAGCAAAGGAACACCCAAGCUCAAACUGCGAUGGAAAUGCAGUAAAGAGGAUGAGACUAAAGGCGGUUACUCAAAAGAAGUUCUUCUGCAAAUUCUACAAAAGUAUGGUGAAGUACUGAAUUUGCUGAUUUCAAGCAAGAAGACUGGAAGUGCAGUUGUUGAAUUUGCCACAGUAAAAGCUGCUGAGAUGGCAGUGAAAAAUGAAGUUGGACUGAUAAAUAAUCCUCUAAAAAUCACCUGGCUGGAGGGCCAACCACAAGGCAGCACACUAUAUGCUGAUGGCAGCAUCCAGCCACGAAUAUCCCAGGUUUCUUGGUACUUGAUUCAAAGUGGCAUUUCCUGAUAAACUACCUCUCAACUUCCUGGAGGCUUUGUUGGAGUCUGGGUGGCUCCAGCUUGUGUACACUUGCCGCUCUCUGUGAAGGUUGACUUCCCUAUCUGAUUCCACAGGGCUGACUGUUUACAGACUCAGAUAGUCUUGCCUGGAGUGGAAUAGGUAACAACCUUCUGACUGGUUACCUUGAACUGGAUGGAAUCCAUAAAGAACUCCCUUCACAACCACACAAAGCUGUCUCAAGUAGACCCCCCAUAGAAGUCCUAGUUCUCAAGCUCCUUUGUAAAGGGUGAAAGAGCAACAGAUGAUGCCAGUCUUGUUUGCAUUUAGGUGAAAUAAUUUUGGCUACAAGUACAGGCAGUCCCCAAAUUACAACAAGAUAGGUUCUGUAGGUUUGUUCUUGAGUUGAAUUUGUUUGUAAAUUGGAACAGGUACAUUUUUUUCAGUGUAACUCCAGCCUAGAUAGAUAGAAAGAUAGGGAGAACGAGAGAGACAGAGCACGCUUUGGAUAGCAUAGGGAAGUGUUAACACCCCUGUGGUGUUUGUUUUGCUGCCUGAGUCCCUGUUCAGACGUUUUCACCUCACUUUCUGUCCCUGUGAUAAUUAGAUUUUGAAAAAUAUUGCUUUUUGUGGAAACAAAAAAUGAAGAUAAAACUUCAUUGGAGACCCCCUUUCCUCUUGAUAGCUCUUUCAGGGGUAGAUUUCUCUCACUUCCUAUUGUCUCACUCCCAUUCUUAACUAAGAGUCUUUUGUAAGUCCAAUAUUUGUAACUCGGGGACUGCCUGUACUGCUUCUUACUAAAUCUCUAGUUUGUGGUUCAGUUUGACUUGGUUAGUUUCCAUUGCAGUGCUUUUGACUGGGAGGCUGUAGUCUAAUUGCUGUAUAAGAUAAGUACAUCUUGAGCUGAGGGGUAAAGAAACCUGGGAGCCUCUGAUUUAUGUCCAUAGCUUUCUAUUGGUGAGAGAGUUGCAGUCAUUAUGAUCGUCUAACCUUCAGCCCUGCCAAAAUGGACCAUUCUGUUUGAGCUCUUCAAUUCCUGUCGUAGGUUUUAUAAGACAGAAGCAAAUUGGGGGACACACUGCAGUUCAAGUCAGGUCUUCUAAUGAACACUGGUGCUCAAUGGAUUAUUAGCCUGAAGGAAUAACACGGAUGAAAUGAGACAGAAACCGGUGCUUUUUCCUGAAGGAGGAGUUUUCCUCUUAGAUAUUUAACAGGAGAAACUGAUGGUAGCAGCCUCUACAUUGAUUAGAGCUGAGUUUAUUUCCCUGAGUUUAUUAACAGUGAGAUGGAUUUGCGUCCUGAGGGGUUUUUUUUUUGAAAGAAAUACUGAAUUCUGUGAAAACUGCUUUGAAAAUUCCCAGAAUUGUGCAGAAACUGUAAAAAGAACCAAGAAUAGACUUUGGGUGAUGUACUUUUGUACUUUUUUCGGUAAUGAUCAAAGUUCCAGUUUAGCUAACCCUUUGAUAAUGAAAACAUUUUCUUUUCGUUAUCCCAUGCUGUGAAUGUGCAUCCCCACCCUUUCUGUUUCUGUAAAAUUACUCCUGUAUGAACUCACAUUAAUUCUGUCUAAGACUACACUACUCACUACAGAACUCAUUUGGAAUUCAGUAGACAGAACUUGAAUCUACAUGAUCUCUUUUUGAGCCAUGUUAUUUGUCCUCAUUGUAUCUUAUGUUAGUAUUCAUCUCAGAUUAUUUCUUUCCUCAAAAAUUUGUAAGAGUCUUGACAUUAAAAUUAUAUUAGCAUUAAUUCUA